AUGGACAACAACCUUGAGACUCUGGAACAACAAACCGCCCCUGAAAGCACACGCGGUCUCUUUGAUACGCCGGAACCCAAGAAUUCCCUGAGAAACAGCCUUGCAGCGGAUAAACGCCGGUCUUUUCAUGUGUUUGGUCCCGGAAUAGAAAGCACAAAGAUAAGACAGCAGGCACCAACGCAGCGCGGCCACCAACGGUCUAGGUCUGCUAUUACUCCGGAUAUGUUAUCCAAUCAGAAUGCUCGUCGGAAUUUUGGAUUGCAAACACUCACGGAAGAAAAUGAUGACAGCCACAAAGCCAGAAGGGAAGAUGCCGAACAGCCUGUGACAGUGGACUCGUUGCACGAUAUCAUCAAUACCUUGAAAUCACUUCCCCCGAUUGUGGCCAAGGAAGACAACCGCAGAAGUAGUAUUCAACGCAAGCCACAAUCCAUGUCGGCACUGAACUUUGGUCCGCAAACCAAACGUUUAUCGUUCAACGCACAACAUGGGGCAGGAAAUGGAAGUGGUGGCGGCGGUGCUGGUGGUGGCAAUAUGCUUCAAAACACCGUCCAUGACCUCCGGAGCAUGGAUGAUAAGAGUGAACGUCGUCGUAGCCUCCGAGCUCGCAGUAUUGGCGACUUUGAUGACGAAGGUUACAUGUCUCGUGAGGCCGCUUUGGCGGAAGCUGAGGCCAAAUUGAUGGGAACGUACAGAAAAGAGACACCAAACUCAGAUGAUGCGAUGGAUAAGGCUUCCAGACGUCAUUCAUCCUCCAGAUUUCAAACCCUGGGUUACGAAGAUGAGAUCCGCCGCCCCACCAGUCGUCGAUUCUCGGAUGCUACUGGAAGUUUCGAUGUGACCCACAUCCUCCCACCUCAGCCGAGCAAAAGUACAAGCAAACGCAUGUCGUUGCAGUUGCCCACAUUAUCGGAAAACAGCAAUGAAUCCACCGCGUCAAGAACAGGUCGACGAAUUCAGUUCAAUAAGCCUUUGGACCUUUCCGGUAGUGAAGACCGACGUCAGCAAAAUCGACGCUCCUCUCGCAACUUUGACUAUGAUUGGCGUGCCAGUGCUUCCCCUAUUCAUCAAUCAUUUUCUUCCAAUCGCUCAUCCACAAUCAGCAAUCGCUCUUCGUUCAAUCUUGUUCCUUUUACUCCGACUCGGGUCAAUUUUGCACGCGACGAUGCUAACCCCCAUCAGCGUCGCCACUUGUUCAUUGCUCACUUGCCAUUAUCGGCCUUGCCGCCUUUGCUUCGUUCUCGCCAGCUACUGAGAGGCACAUUGCGCGUCAACAAACGUAACCGUAGCGAUGCUUAUGUCUCUUGCGACGAGCUGGAUGCCGAUAUUUACGUGUGUGGAUCGCGUGAUCGAAACCGAGCUUUGGAGGGUGAUGUGGUCGUUAUUCGUUUAGUCGACGUUGAAAAGGUAUUGCGUGAAAAGAGAGAGAAAGAAGAAGCCAAACUGGCCCGAAAUGGCGGCCAAGUUCGUGUCCGUCUUCCGGAUGAAGAGGAUGAGAAUGAAAUCAUUUUCGGUGGCGACGAUGAUAUUGAUGCUGUGAAGCCGAAAUACUGCGGUGUCGUUGUUCAUAUUCUCGAAAGAGCUCAAAAUCAAGUGUUUUCUGGCGCCCUUACACUCAUGCGUCCCAAUAAUAAACGGGCCCAAGAAGAAAAGGCAGCCGACGACACUAACUCUCAGAACGGCAAGAAAGAUCCACCAAGAAUUGUAUGGUUCAAGGCGGCGGACAAACGAGUCCCUCUCAUCGCCAUUCCCAUCGAACAAGCUCCGGCAGGAUUUGUUGAAAAUAAUGAAGCAUAUGCCAACCGAUUGUUUGUGGGUGCUAUUAAGCGCUGGCCCAUUACUUCACUUCAUCCCUUUGGAACAUUGGAACGUGAGCUUGGCCAUAUCAAUGAAUUGUCGGUACAAACCAUGGCCAUCUUGGCCGAUAACAAUGUCACCGAUACCGAAUUCUCGGAGCAAGUGAACGAAUGCUUGCCUACCAUGCCAUUUGAAGUAGGCGAAACCGUCAGUGACGAUCGUCGUAACCUGAUCAACGUUCGCACCUUUACUCUGGAUCCCGCCGGCUCAAAUGUGCUUGAUGACGCUAUCUCUGUGCAGCAGUUGGGAGAUGAUACUUAUGAGAUUGGCGUCCAUAUCAGCGAUGUCGCUUACUUUAUCAAACCCCACUCCGCCUUGGACAAGGAAGCACGUGCGAGAGCCGUUCGCGUUGAUUUGCUUCACAAAGCAGUCCCAAUGUUACCCACAUCGCUUACCGAACAAGUGACCAAUUUGGUGCCUGGCAAAUCAAAGUUUGCUUUCUCCGUUAUUUGGAAGAUGAACUCGGAAGGCAAAAUUCUGGAUACGUGGUUUGGCAAGACGAUCAUACGGUCUUGUGCCCAGUUGACAUACGAUGAUGCUCAGAAGGUGGUGGAGGGCGGCAACCUGAGCCAUGCCAUCAAGGUGGAGGAGCAGCGAAUUGGCGUAGAAAAAGAUAUCCGUACGCUUCAUGCUAUUGCCAACCAAUUGUAUGAAACCCGUCGAGGCGAUGAUACCAUGUUCGAAAUGAGAGAUGAGUUGGAGUAUACCUUUGAUGAGCAUGAUCAGGAGAUACCUACCGGUGUUGCCAUUCACAAGAAGAAGGAAGGCGCUCGAGUGAUCAAGGAGUUUUUGCUGUUGGCCAAUUUGAGUGUUGCUCAAAAGGUGUCCAGCAGUUUCCCCGAACAGGCCUUGCUGCGUCGUCAGGCACCACCUUUAUCUCGAAAAAUUGUGGAACUCCAGGAUUACGUUUCGCGUUAUCUUGGUGUGGGUAUGGAUGUUUCCAGCGCGGGCGGAAUUCAACGAUCCAUUGACCGUAUCGACGAUCCCAUGCUCAAAAGAAUGGUGUCUAUUAUUGUCUUGAAGACUUUGCAACCACCGAAAUACUUUUGCACUGGCACCUUGGACAUUCUCAAGUAUUCCCACUAUGCAUUGGGAGCGCCGCUUUUCACUCACUUCACGGCCCCCAGUCGUCGAUUCUCCGAUAUCAUCGUGCAUCGCCAAUUGGAUGCUGUUUUGUCCGGAGAGAAACGGUUUUACUUGGAUCGUGACACUGUGCAAAAACUUGCUCAGCAUUGUAAUGUCAAGAAAGAAGCUGCUCUGAAUGCACGUCAUCAAAGCAAUAUGUUGUUCCUUUCGUUGCACUUGAACAAGCUGAUCAACCAAAGCUCGAACAAGGUCGCUUACUACGAAGGUAUUGUUGUCGCUACGUUUGACCAGUUCUUUGACAUCAUGGUGCCUGAGAUCAAUAUGGAGAAACGCAUCCAUUUGGCCAAUCUGCCCGUGUGGCGUCACGAUUUUGAUGAGCGUUCACGAGCAUUGACCAUGUUCUGGAAGAAGGAGGUGGUGACUACCGGUGUUCAGCAUACUUACAGUAUGUCGGAUGAUGAAUACGAUGAUUAUGAUGAAGACGCCUUACUGUCUGAAAUGCAAGCGGACGUGAAGACGCCUUCGACUGCAUCGCCUACCUCUUCGGUUACCGGAGCUUCCGUUGAACAUAUUGUCACUGACCUUUCAGUGCAACAACAACAGCAGGAGCAGCAACGACAGCAACAGCCAUUAUCGCAGUAUCAAGACACUGUUCGUUCGCCGUCUCCCACGGCUACCUUGUCGACGCCAUCCAAAGCGAACAAGCGACGAUCCAUUAUUAGCGUGCGCUUAUCCAAGAGUUCGGGAUAUAACUUUGAACAGGCAUCACAGACCAUCAAGGCGAUGGAUAAAAUCCGAGUCAUCGUUACUGUGGAAACUGUAAGAACACCACCGUUGAUCCGUGUUUUGGCCGCCAAUCCAUUCGCCUAA